AUACCAAGGAAGAUAUGAGCCUCUCAUCUAUUAUGUAUCUUGGAAUCGGCUGUGGUGCAUUAUCUCUAGUAUUAAUUUUCAUCAUGGCGACCAUUUUCUGCUGUAGAAGGAAGUCCAGUCUAGACAGCUCUAAAAAAGAAUACAUGAAAACUGGAACGGGUAGUAAGCAGAAAAGUCUCAACACAAACUUGAAGCCUCCCGACUUAUGGAUUCACCACGAUCAAAUGGAACUAAAGGCAUUGGAAAAGUCAUCACAGGGAUCCCUAGACACUGCCUCUGGUGGUGGGCCCAGCUCUAUUAACCUCUCCAAAGAGUUUGAUGUCUCUGACCACCACCAAGAAACGCGGGUUCAUCAUCACACUUCAUCUACUAUGACAAACUCUUUAGAUAAACGCAAUUAUAUUUCUUCAUAUAUAGCAGGGAGUCCAUCUGAACAACCCUUAUUGUCCGAAGAAAAAAAAUCAACUCUACGGUCUGCUUCUAAAAGCAAGCCUAUUUCCCUUCAAAUGGACAGGCGUAGCGCUUCCAGCAAUUCAAGUUCUGAUAUUGUCGAAAUGCAACCACUUUAUCCUCAUCAACACUACAGUGUAUCUCGAGCACAUGUAACAGUUGAUGCAACAGGAGCACUUGAGAAUACCUAUAUCAUUCAAAGUGCAGCACCUAGCACAUAUGAAUCAAUCAACAACCCAAAUACAUCUCAGCCUCCCAGUACGCCAAUUCAAGGACAAACAUAUGGGACUGCUGCAGAAUCUAAGCGACUUCAAGGUCAUCCUUUGAAAAGCUUCAGUGUACCUGCCCCACCUCCUCAGUCAGCACCUUCAACACCACAACAAAAACACGUUG